AUGCAAGAAGACACUAUUAAAUUGUUAAAAAUAUUUAGAAUGGAAGAUGAAUCUCCUCACUCCACUAACGAAAUGAAAAAUAUCGAGGUCUCAGGUAGAAACAUAAAUUUUGCAUCUCAGCCCCCAAAUCAAAGCCGCUCCAAGUACAUCCUUACUGACUUCUUUACUAGCAUCGACCAGAUCAAGAAUCCCACAUUUGAAGAAAACCUGACCGCCCUUUCUAAGAUCCACCGAUUCCUCACAGGCUUCAGCAUCCUCAACCCUUCUGUAUGAAUCGUCCUGAUGAUCCUCGGGCUUUUGUCUUCAGUAAUUGCGUUUUGUGUCGACUAUCUCUCUGAAAAAUUGAUGGAUACUCGUGAGUUUUUUGCAAGCACUGAAAGUGGCUUUUGGAAUUUCUGCAUAUGGAUGCUCUACACCCUGGCUCUUUCCUGACUUGCCGCUGCUACAACUAAAUGAAUCAGCCCAGAUGCUGAAGGAUCAGGGAUUCCUGAGAUGAAAGCAAUCAUUGCAGGUGUAAAGCUGCCUCAUUGUUUAAGCACUCAGACUUUUAUAGCCAAAUUUACAGGGCUUAUAGCAGGAUCUGCUGCAGGAUUGAGCAUAGGACGAGAAGGACCCUUUGUGCAUGUAGCUGGGAUCAUUGCCCACAAAUUAACGAAAUAUCGGAUUUUCAGACACUUGAGAACUGUAAACAAUAUAUAGAAUUUGACAUUGAGGAACCAAAUCAUGGGUGCAUCAGUAGCUGCUGGAGUUGCUGCAGCUUUUGGAGCCCCGGUAGGAGGAGUGCUGUUUAGUAUAGAAGUCACUGCAACUUAUUACUAUGUCAGUAACCUGUGAAAGGGCAUUUUUUGUGCUGUUUGGUGUGUGAUUGGCUUUGACCUGUUUAGAAGUGGAGAAGUCACUGAUUUAAUUAACCUAACCAAGCUAGACCCUAUUGAGUUCGGCUACGAAAUUUUCGGAUUCACAUUGUUAGGAACUUUAUGUGGAUUUGUAGGAGCAUUUUUCAUUAAAUUUACAGGGAAAAUGAUUUAUAAUAGAAAAAAUUUAAAAUACCCAGCGAUUCAUACGAGAUUUAGGUACACACUUUUUGUAGGCGCCAUAUGUGGGAUUCUUACUUAUAUGCUUCCUUAUAUGCAGCUUCAUGAUAAAAUUGUGAUUAAUCAGAUGUUCAGGGCUGACAAUCUGACUACUUAUGAAAAAACGUAUUGGAGCAAGCCGACUCUUAGCUUGAAUCUCUUUAUUUAUGUGAUCACGAAGCUGCUGCUUACAAGCUUAAGUAUCAGCUGCCAAAUACCUUGCGGUGUUUUUGUGCCAAUUUUUGCUGCGGGGAGUACUUUUGGUAGACUUUUUGGACAGAUUUUAGACUCAAUUUUUGGGACUGAGUAUAGAGGAGUUUACGCAGUUGUAGGAGCAGCUGCAUUGACUUCGUCUGUUACCCAUACUUUAUCAAUUGCUAUCAUUGUGUUUGAGCUGACUGGCCAGAUCCACUAUUUUUUGCCUAUGAUGGUUGGUGUUCUGCUUGCCUAUUCCAUCAGUUCUGGCUUUGGGAUCUCCUACUACGACUCUUUGCUUGAAAUGAAAGGCCUGCCUUAUCUCCCAUCUAUAAAAUCUUCAUGACUCUACGCUAACUGUGCAAAAGAUGCAGUGGAUCCUCAGUACCCUUUCAUAACUCACGAGGCUACUAUAAAAGAUCUAGCUAAAGCCAUCCAACAAAGCAAAAGCGCAAUAGUAAAGAUCCCAGUCGUCGAUGAUGAUAUGAAUUUAAUGUUUGACGUAAACUUAACGAACAUUAAACGGUACAUUAUGAUGGUUUAUCAAGAAAGGCUGCAUACGCUAUCACGUGAUUCACGGUCACAUAUAGAAAAGUACUUUUCUUAUUUAUUGCAUGAAAUUGAUGAUAUUGAGUAUGAGCAAAGCAUCGCGUGCAGAGACGACAGCGAAAUGAAAGAAGUGGACUCGUUUUUAAGCACUCCUGUAGAGUUUUCUUCGGACAUUUUGCAAUUAGACGAUUCGCCACUGUCCAUACCUGAGAACACACCACUAGUGAAAGUCCAUUUCUUGUUUAUGAUGCUGGGGCUGACACAGAUUUAUGUAGCUUAUAGAGGGAAACUGAUGGGAGUAGUUUCCAAAGAAAUGUUCCUUAAACAUAGAUAA